AUGAGCUCAUCACCCCCCGGUGCGGAGUCCUCGUCUGGAAGAGAGUAUGCCACCAUAUGGCAUCCCGUAAGAGAAUGGUUCGAAGCCAAUGAAGAUGACGAUGAUCAUCAAAUCCCGGAGUUAGAAUCGCCAGAACGUCAAGCAUAUUCGGACGAAGAGAACGGAGCUGAAAACGAGGACGAGGAGGAAUACGAAGACGGUCUGCGCCUCUUCGCGGAACGUGCGGGACCAAGUUAUGGUAACAUUCACGUUGAAUUCACAAUGGACGACUCUGACCACGAUGGAGGUGGCUUAUCACCCACCACCCGAGUCUCAGCAGCUCGGCUUUUGCAAUUGCUGGCCUCUAAUCCACUGAGGGAUAUCCUCCACUUUGAUGGCUGGCACGGCGAUACACUCUUUGAUGACGAUGACAAUGAUCUCGGGGAGCUGCUUAGACAUCGGAUGAGAACAAGGCGCCGCACCACGGAUAACAAGUACCCUAAACCACCGAGCGAGCAAGGAACUGAACUGAUGGGAUCCGGCCUUUUCGGGAGCAACCCAUGCUACGUCAAUACGCUGAGAAAGCGGAAGAGAACGAUCGCAACGAAAUUGAUGUGGCGUGAACUGCGCAUCUACCCGGAUGGAGCCUGGAAAAGGGAGAGAUGUUCAAUGGCCCAAGACUUGAUCCCCGGAUCUGUCGCGGACAAGAUUAUUCACUUUGACUCUCGAUGCUACUCCGGCCAAUUCUCUGAUGAUGGUAACUUCUUCUUCUGCUGCUCACAGGAUUUUAAGGUUAGGAUGUACGAUACAUCGAACCCGUACGAAUGGAGAUACUACAAGGCUGUGGACUAUCCAUUUGGUCGAUGGACCAUCACGGAUGCCACACUAAGUCCUGACAACAGAUUCUUAGCGUAUAGCUCUAUUCGGAAUCUCGUUUGCCUUGCGUCGACGGACCCAGCGGAUCAGUCUGACCCGACGAUAUUGGACUUCUCCUCGUCCAACGGCCGGGGAAGCCACGUGGAUUAUUUUGGGAUAUACUCGGUCAGAUUUUCUGGGGACGGCCGUGAAAUUGUAGCUGGAACUGGUGAAGAUGACCCUUCCGUUGUAGUCUAUGACCUUGAGACUCAACAGGCAGUUCUACGGCUGCAGAACCAUCAAGCGGAUGUCAAUGCAGUUUGUUUUGGGGAUGUAUCAUCCCCACAUAUCCUGUAUUCAGGCUCUGAUGAUACAACACUAAGAGUUUGGGACCGGCGCUCGAUGGGGGAUGGCCGCGAAGCGGGUGUAUUCAUUGGGCAUACAGAGGGUCUUACGUACAUUGACAGCAAAGGCGAUGGCAGAUAUGUUUUAUCCAAUGGCAAAGACCAGACUAUGAAACUCUGGGAUUUGAGGAAGAUGAUGACGACAGAGAAAUUUGACACGAUCGACAUUCGCAACUAUACAACGGGGUUUGAGUACCGAUGGGAUUCCUAUCCAGAAGAAUAUUAUGAGCCUCAUCCACACGACUGCUCAGUAGUUACCUUCGUCGGCCACCGAGUACUCAAAACAUUGAUUCGAUGCCACUUCUCUCCGCCAGGAAGCACCAACUCGAGAUACGUGUACACUGGAAGCCAAGAUGGGAAGGUAUAUGUCUACAAUCUGGAUGCGACGCUUGCAGGAACAAUAGACGUUGGAGGGGCUACGCAUAAUCCGCAAUCACACGGGCGCUAUGGUUGGAGAGGGUCGUGGAAAACAUGCGUCCGAGAUGCAAGCUGGCAUCCCAAUGCACCCGUGCUAGCAGCAACAUCCUGGAACGGCUCGUCGGAUGGCAACCAGGGCCCAUCAGCUGGGACCUGCACGUUGCAUAGUUGGAAUGAUGGUGCUAGCGAGGACGAAGGAGACCCACCAGUUGGAGCCAACUACGAUUGCAAAUUGGUGCCAUUGCACCAACCCUCACAUGGUAACUCCCAUCUCCGGAGAUGA